AUGGGGGCUUUUUUAUCUUCCUUUCUUUGCUUCUUCUUGUUUUUUUUUUUCUUUUCUUUUCUUUUUCUUCUGUCCUUCGUCUUCUUUGCUGCUGCUGCUGCUGCUGCUGCUGCUCUCAGCCCGGCGCGAGAAAAUAAAAUGACUGUGUCUCUGUCCCUCCCUCCCCCUUCGCCCCUGGACCAGAGUUGCAUGGCAGAGCACGGGAAUGGACAUGGGCCAAGUGACUGCCUGCGGGCGCUAACAGGGAAGAAGGAAAACUCUAGGAGCAGACUCAUAGCAGCGAGGACAUAUAGCCCGUUUCUCGAAAGGAAAAGAAAAGAAAAGAAAAGAAAAGCCGAAGGACCAGUCAGUGGGGUUCGUUUCCGGCAAUUUCGAGAGCAAGAGUUCAUUCCAUCCAGGCCAUACGGAGUAUUUGGAUAUAAAGAUGAUAUAUAUAUAUAUACGGGUUAA